AUGCGCACUGGCGUGCUACGAGCUUUACUUCGGCUUUUUAUAGGCAAGAGAACUGUGCGCGAGCAGCGUGGGUCUGAUAGGAGAACUGGUUGGAGUGUCUGCGCUGCCCACAACGAAUGGAUUUAUAAUGAACCCAUCGUCCUUUUCCCCUCAUAUCCCUCAUAUACCCUUGCAUACCCUUGUUUCCUGAACCUGUCUCUGAUCCUGUUUGUGGUGAAGCAAACACUUGUGACACUGACGCCUGGACUGGCAACCAUGGCAAUUGAAAUGCUCUUCUCCCUGUCCCCUGCAGUCCUCGCAGUAGGUCUGGCGAUCCUUGUUUCAGCAUACUGGUUCGCAUCCUACGCCUAUCUCUACUGGCUGCAUCCCCUUUCCAAGUACCCAGGCCCGCCGCUCGCCGCCAUCUCCGAGCUCUGGUAUGCAUCGGCCUGGACGAGCGGCUUCUGGAACCGCAAGAUCCAAGACGCCCACCGUCGAUACGGCGACAUUGUGCGCAUCGCGCCCAACGAGCUCUCCUUCGCAACGGCCCAAGCUUUCCGUGACAUCUACGGCGCCCCCUCCAAGACCCGCAAACUGUUCCCCAAAUCCGACCGCUUCUAUGACAAUGGUCACCCCAACAUCGCCUUCGUGCGAGACCCCGAGGAACACGCCCGCCAGCACCGCAUCUUCGCGCCCCAAUUUCGUCCCUCUGCCGUUCGCACCCAGGAGCCUAUCAUCCACGCCCAUGUCGACCUCUGGGUGAACCAGCUCGCUGCGCGGGGCCGCGAUGGCGCCGUCUCGUUAGACGUCUCCAAAUGGUUCGAAUGGCUCACUUUCGAUAUCAUCGGAGAACUCACCUUCGGGGAGUCGUUCAACGCCACCCGCGACAACAAGAGUCAUCCAUGGGUCUCCAUCCUCCUCGACGCCACUUACAGCGGCUCGAUCUUCAACCUCCGCAAGCGUCUCGCCUUCGUUGGUCCCCUGCUGCGCUGGAUGCCUUAUAUUUCUCCCACUGCCCGCGCCGCCGUCGACUCCAUCACACGCCACGGCGCCAUGACCCUCGCGAAGACUCGCAAGCGCAUCGAAGUCGGCCCUGCGCGUAGCAAAACCACCGGAACCGACGUCGACGAUUUCCUAGCUCAUGCCAUUCGCGGAGGGGGUAUGGAAGAUACGGACCUCGCUAACCAGGCUAUGGUCAUGCUCACCGCUGGCGCUGAGACCAGCGCUACUGCCCUCACCGCUGCGCUGUGGUACCUGUCGCUGCCGGACCACGCCGCGUGUCUCCAGCGUCUGCGGGCCGAAGUGCGGGCCGCCUUCGGGACCGAUGGUACCUCCCCCGGCGCUGCUAACGCGACCGGUGACGCCACCGCGCGACUCCCCUACCUAAACGCCAUCAUAGAGGAGACUAUGCGUCUGUUCCCGCCGUCGCCUGUUGGACCGCCACGCGUGAGUCCCGUGGGCGGAGAAACCGUCGACGGUACCUUCGUUCCUGAGGGGGUGUACGUCGCCGCGGAUGUCUGGACGAUUCAUCAUGAUAAACGCACGGUGGGGGAGUUUCCGGAUAAGUUCAUGCCUGAGAGAUGGCUUGAUGUGCCUGUGAAACCGUAUACCGUGCCGUUUAGUAUCGGGCCGAGAAUGUGUAUCGGGACGACACUGGCGUGGGUGGAGAUGCGGAUCGCGUUGGCGAAGACGGUGCUGGCGUUUGAUUGGGAGUUGGAUGGUGAUGCUAUUGGUGGUGGGGAUUGGGUUGAUCAGGCGAGAUUGAAGCAGUUGUGGAAGAAGGCGCCGUUGAUGAUGCGUUUUAGGCCAGUGGGGAGUGUAUGA